UGUGUGUAUAUACAGACAAUUAUACACGCAUGCAUAAUAUAUAUAUCGCCGGAGUAGACAAGAUGCCAGAAUUUGAACAUUCAUAUCUAUCUUAUCUCCAUCUAUAUAUGCGAUUACAUAUAUAGCAUUGGAGGAAUUGUAUAUACUGAUAUACAUACUUAAGUAUAGUGCGGUUGAUUUCAUAUAUAUAAAUAUAUAUAUUGUUUAGGAAGAGAGGAGAGGAAGUGAUUGGAGAUGGAUGCGGCGGCGGCAGUGAGUGAGUUGAGGGAGACGUUCGCUGCCGGGAAGACGAAGAGUUACGAGUGGAGAGUGUCGCAACUGAAAGCUGUGUUGAAGAUCGCCGAACAUCACGAGAAGGCGAUCAUGGACGCCCUUUUCUCUGACCUCUCCAAACCAGAGCUCGAAUCCUUCGUUCAUGAGAUUGCAUUUGUCAAAGCAUCAUGUAAGUUGGCGUUGAAGGAACUAAAACGUUGGAUGAAACCUGAAAAUGUGAAAAGUGCAUUCGCCACUUAUCCUUCAUCAGCUAAAAUAGUUUCAGAACCCCUUGGAGUCGUAUUGGUCAUAUCUGCCUGGAACUACCCCUUCAUGUUGUCUUUGGAUCCGGUGAUUGGAGCAAUUGCUGCUGGUAAUGCUGUAGUUUUGAAACCAUCAGAAAUUGCCCCAGCCACAUCUUCAUUGCUUGCCAAACUGUUCAAUGACUAUAUGGAUACCACUGCAGUAAAGGUUAUUGAGGGAUCUGUUCCCGAGACCACUGCUUUACUGGAGCAAAAAUGGGAUAAAAUAUUUUACACAGGAAAUGGAAAAGUUGGGCGCAUUGUCAUGGCAGCCGCUGCAAAACACCUAACUCCUGUGGUUUUGGAGCUUGGUGGAAAAUGUCCCGUAGUUGUGGAUUCAAACAUUAAUUUAAAAGUUGCAACAAGGAGGAUUAUUGCAGGCAAGUGGGGCUGCAACAGUGGACAAGCUUGUAUUGCCCCUGAUUACAUCAUUACUACAAAAGAGAAUGCACUACAGUUGCUUGAUGCCAUGAAAGUAGAACUAGAUAAAUUCUAUGGAAAGGACCCAUUAUGUUCAAAAGAUCUGUCUCGCAUUGUAAAUUCCAAUCACUUCUCCCGCUUAACAAAGUUACUAGAUGAUGAUAAGGUUUCAGGUAAGAUAGUCCAUGGAGGUGAACGAGAUGAAAAGAGACUAAAGAUUGCUCCUACCAUUUUGAUGGAUGUGCCAGAAGACGCCCUAAUCAUGAAAGAGGAAAUAUUUGGUCCUCUACUUCCUAUUCUCACAGUCAAUAAAGUGGAGGACGGUAUAAAAAUCAUUAACGCUAGAGACAAGCCACUUGCAGCAUAUCUGUUCACAAGCAACAAAAAACUGGAGCAGGAGUUUGUUACAAAUUUAUCAGCUGGGGGCUUGCUUAUUAAUGACACAGCUUUGCAUGUUGCAGUCCACACGCUGCCGUUUGGAGGAGUAGGAGAAAGCGGAACAGGUUCAUACCAUGGCAAAUUCUCGUUUGAAGCUUUCAGCCACAAGAAGGCAGUCCUGAAACGUAGUUUUGGUGGAGAUUUGGGUGCAAGAUACCCACCCUAUACACCUAAGAAGGCACGACUUCUGAGAGCACUAAUGAGUGGAAAUCUGAUUUUCAUAAUUCGCGCAUUACUUGGCUUGUAAAUAUAUGUUGUUUAUAUUUGGGACCCCCAAAUUGUUGAAACUUGAAUAAUUGUUGUUUGUCCAUAUUGUGAUAUUGUUGAAUGCAUGUGAACUUAAGACA